ACUUAGGGAGGAGACGCAUCAAAUGUGCAGUGGUGGAAGCAACAUCUCCUGGUUGCAGUCCGACUGCACAGCAAACAGAGUUCCAGUUUCUGAAACUGUUGUUUUGUGUCGCGGCGAUGUGGAUUUACAAACUUAUCUUCGGACUCUUCGUCAUUUCUUGUUCUGAGAGCAGAAGAAAUGCACUCCAGGACUACCAGAAGACUGAUGGAAUGCGACUGGUUGUCGUGUCUCCUGAUUCCUCCCACCUGACCAAGAGCCGGAAGUUGAGUAUGGCCAAAUGUGCCAAAGCUUGCAGCCGCAACAGAAGACUCCCCUUCACCUGCAGAGCAUUCCUCUACGAUCAUAAAAACAGGAAAUGCCAGUGGCUGUCGUUCGACAGGAACUCAUCGGGAACUCAGAGCCAACAGGACUUCAACUACCAACUCUAUCAAAAGAAAGACUAUGUGAGGGAGUGCAUUGUGGGUACAGGUCAGAGCUACAGGGGACGGCGGUCGGUGACAGCAAGUGGGAUCCUGUGCCAGGCCUGGGCCUCUCCUAUCCCUCAUGAACACAAAUUCAUGUCUAAGAGGUUCAGGAAGAAGGACCUCAGAGAAAACUACUGUCGCAACCCAGACAAUUCCACUGUUGGCCCAUGGUGUUUUACCACUGACCCCAGGCCACACCUCAGACACCAGGAGUGCGGCAUACCACAGUGUUCACAGGUUGAGUGUAUGAACUGUAAUGGGGAAGAUUACAGAGGACCCAUGGACCACACAGAAAGUGGAAAGGAAUGCCAGCGCUGGGACCUGGAUGAACCACACAAACACCUGUACCACCCCAAAAGGUACCCUGACAAAGGCCUGGAUGAUAACUAUUGUAGAAACCCAGAUGGACGCCAAAGACCAUGGUGCUUUACCACGGACCCAAACACACCAUGGGAGUACUGUAACAUCAAAGUUUGUGAAACAUCUCCGAAAAGUAAUGUGGUGGAAACAACCGAAUGUUACCAGGGCAGAGGAGAGGGUUAUAGGGGGACAGUAGAUGUGAUGCCCACUGGACUCACCUGCCAACGCUGGGAUUCUCAGUAUCCCCAUAAUCACACAUUCACACCUCAAGCCUACCCCUGCAAAGACCUGAGGGAAAACUACUGUCGGAAUCCAGAUGGCCAUGAAUUCCCCUGGUGCUUCACUACGGACCCAAGAGUCCGCAGAAUGUUCUGCACCAACAUCCCUGAGUGCGGCACCCAAAACAAGCCCCGUGACUGCUAUGAAGGCUUUGGAGAGAAUUACCAAGGAGAGCAGUCAAGGACUAGAUCAAACCUGCCCUGUGCUCCCUGGAGAGACCACAGCCACAGUGGUGAGAGGGGCAUGCUGAUGGCUGGCCUAGAGGGAAACUUCUGCAGAAACCCUGAUAAAGACAAACAUGGUCCUUGGUGUUACACCAACAACUCGGCCAUUCCCUGGGACUACUGUCAUGUAAAGCCAUGUGAUGCAUCACAGAACACCAUUCCGCUGGGUGAGCUGUCAUCUGUGGGGUGUUUUGUCCAUAAGAGGACCAGGAUUGUGGGAGGUGGUCCAGUGGGCAUAUCAGACGGCAGUUGGAUGGUCAGCAUACAGAAAGGGUCAAUGCACUGGUGUGGGGGUUCACUAAUAAGAGAGGAGUGGGUACUCACUGACAGACAAUGCUUCUCUUCAUGUGUUCCAGACCUCAGUGAGUAUCGGGUGUGGCUCGGGGUCUCAGAUAUUCGUGAGGGUGCUCCUGACAGGUCCAAGAGACAGGAAGUCAGCAUAGCUCAUGUGAUAUGUGGUCCUGAGGGCUCUAGUUUAGCCCUCUUAAGGCUGUCUAAGCCUGCCCUUCCUGCAGAAAACGUCCAUACAAUUCAGUUACCUGUGGCUGGGUGCUCCAUCCCAGAAGGAAGAUUAUGUAAAAUGUAUGGAUGGGGAGAGACCAAAGGCACUGGCCACGAUGACGUACUGAAGGCGGUCGACCUGCCCAUUGUCAGUAAUGAGAGUUGUAGAGAGAUGCACAGAGGGAGCCUCCACAUCACCAACACAAAGAUCUGUGCAGGAGGCAAGAGAAAUGAGGGAGUGUGUGAGAGGGAUUAUGGCGGCCCUCUUGUGUGUCAGGAUGGUGAGAUCAAGGUUAUUGUGGGAGUGAGUGUCCAUGGCAGAGGCUGUGCUCGGGCCAACCAGCCUGGAAUCUUCAUCAAUGUGCCCUUCUACACGCAGUGGAUCUACAAGGUCUUCAAAUAUUACCCCAACCCUGAGAUUGUCUAGAGACUCAAUAGAGGAUAAAACUGAACCAGGGGACUUAAUCAGACCAUAGAGCCUCUACUUCUGUAAAUCCAACGGUGCACUCAGGACACCUGGUUUCUAUGUUGUUCAUACCCACAUAGCCCAUAGAUCAAUAAGAAUCUGAUCUGAGGAUGCACUCUUAAUAGAUGAAUGGAUGGGGAAACACUGUGAACACAUCAUAAUCAGAUACCAUACUGAUUGAUGGCAAUUAUGAAGAGUAAAAGUUGAUACUGUUCAUAUUUUAGACAUAGGAAAUGGACUGCUGAAGCAGCUACUAAUAAAAGAAGGGACCCAAUACAACUUGAAUGUUACAGUAACAAAGAAGGAUGUCUUUGAUUGAGUUGGGAGCAGACCAGGCAAACAAAGACUUGGUUUCAUCCAUUAUACAUGUAUGUUUUUUUUUUGGUAGCAAAUCCACCAGAGUGGUAUGUGUGCAUGUGAAUACUCUUGAUUCCUGGCAUUACUUGAACAUUUUGAACGCCAAAGUGCAGUGGUUCAGCAGCUCCCUCUGAAGAGUACAUCAAUGGGCCACUUAGAAAACUAUCCAGUGGUAGGGCAAUGUUAAGGGCACUCUUAUCGAGAAUCUCCAGGGGCUUAGAUAAAGUGGUCCUUACUGUAUAUAGUAUUUUAAUGAGUGUAUUUGUGACACUCUAACGGUGAUUUGGGUCUUAUAGAUCUAUGACAAGAGAAAUGAAUGUUGUGGUAAGCAGAUACAUGAUGUACAGUGUGUUAUCUACAUAUCAGCUUUCAGUCAAGUUCUGUCUCAUAAUGAAGUCAGCUGUAUGGAAAAAACCCAAAUAAACUCCAUUUUCAAUAUUUUAAUGUUAUUAAGCCACUGACUGUAUAUAUGAAAAUGCUCUUUACAUUCCGUGUAGAUGAUGUAUGUCUGCUCAACAUUUAUAGGAUUUGAAAAAGAAAGCAUGUACGUUUUUCUGCAGCAGUGUCAGUAUGCAAAAAUAAAACUGCAGAAGGAGAGAGAGAGAGUGAGAGAGAGAGAAAAGAGGAGGAGAGGAGAGAGGAAGAGAGAGAGAGAGAGAGAGAGCAUGUUUUAGCCAGAGCUGAAUGAAUUAUCCUCUCUCCACACUCAGACCUUGGAAGACCUCCAAUUCCAAUCCACUCUGGAUAUUAGCGUCACAAAGUCUGUCACUUCAAACUUUGUCAUGGAAAAGAAGAGAUGGUCUUUGUAACUGCAUUGUCUGUAAUCGUUACUUUACUGACAUGACUGAAUGGUCCUUGAAACAAAUUAACACAUCUCUUUUAGCAGUGUAAAUGAUUGAGAUGGCUUUAUAUUAUAACUACAUUAUGUUUGUAAGAGUGAGAAAAUGUUUCUGUGUGUGUGUGUGUGUGUGUGUGCACUGAAAGAUGCUGCAAGCUGCUAUAUUCUACAGGUUGUAAAGAACUGUUUUAUUUUUUUCUGUAUAAUGUACAUUCACUAUACCUUUCAUGGCAUCUUAUACAAUAUGCUAAAUGUUAAACCCAAUAAUUUGAAAUGUCUUAUGAUGUCUGUCACUAUAUUAAAUGUUUUUUUUA